AUUAUAAGAAUGAGCUUAGAGAGACAACAUGAGAGAAGAAGAGAUGGAUAACGGCUUGUCCUGGGCUGAUCAAUGGGAUUACAACGAUGAUCCUCCUCCACAAUCGUCAGAAAAUGAUAAGAAGAAGAAGGAUGGAUCGGACAAGAGCAAGUUUGGGAAGUCAUUGCUAACUUUCAAGUGGGUAAAAGAGUUUCGCAAGAAGUCUCAGAAAUAAAAUGUGUUUCUGCUGCUGCAAACAAGGAGUCUCCCAUUCAAUGUUCAACUUAAUGAUCCUAAUGGUCUCAUUUUCCGAGAUGUUGAGUCAUAAGCCAUGUUCCUUUAUGCAUUAAUUUGUGAUAAUAUGACAUUAUGUUUCGUUUUCAUUGAUUGCAUCUGACAUCUGAUUUCAGCUUCAUAUUGUAAUCAGGAGGAGGUAUUGUUAAAUGUUAUGGGAAUGUAUUGCACCCCCUUUACAACCACGACUAUACAUAUUGUG